AUGGCCACCCACAUCGUCCCGAUCAUGUCAACUCCAACCGUUGCCACCUCUCCGACCAGCCACGGCACUGACAAGGUGGCUGCUCAGAUGGGCAAGGUAUCGAUUGAGCAGGCGACGACACCGCCGAUGAUGCACCGGACUGCUAUCGCCGGAAGUUCAGUGCGCAUUACGGUCCCUCUUGACGCCACUCCGAGGACACUCUACUCCGAUCAGAAGCUUUUUCGCCGCGACAGCCUGGAGCGCCGCGAAGCUUUGCUCAAGGGCAAGGAAGGCUCGCGGCAGCGCAGGCGCUGGGAGAAUGAUCGUCUGAUCUCAAACCCAUGGGCGGUUCCUCCCUUGGCUUCUGACUGGGAGAUCCGUCCUACCUACCCACGCCGUACCGUGCCUUAUUACCUUGCUCCUCUAUGGGACGCCGCGGAAUUCCAGCGCGCCGUUGAGUCCAAGCUCAAGGGCCGCAGGAGUAGCACGAGGAAGCAUGGGAAGCACGCCCACAACACCGGCAUGAGUCCAAUGGAAGAAGCAGCGACAAGCAUCCCCAAGGAGGUGCGAGCCAGGUUGAAGCGAGCCAAAGCCACUAAAGGCCUGCUUCAAGAUCUGGAAGAGUCUGUGAGGACAUUUGUGCGCGGGUGGAAUGAAAGGGAAAUCCGCCUAAGAAAAGACGGUCUUCAUGAUGUGCCCUUGACGAGCGAUAGUGAGGAGGACGAGGAGAUCGUCUUCAUCGGCAGGGGUGGUGCCAUGCAUGAUGUUGCUAGAAGGAAAGAGAAGGACGGGGCUGGCUGGAAUGACGAUGGCACAAUCAGUAACGAGAAGAUGGUCUUCGAAGGCCUGGACAAUGACAAGGGGGCGGCUUUCGCUCGCUGGCUUGUCCACUGCGUGGGCCACUACUACGGACUGCGUACUUGGAGUGUCACCCAUGACGUCGAGGGUGAGGAGAAGAAGCGGCGCGCAUAUGUCGGCGUGGACAGUCGUGCAAGAGGAUUCCUCGGACGAGGCAUCGAGGUUGGUCGAGAGAUUGAAUUACCCCGACCUUUGUGGGGAAUGGUGUAA